AUCUGCACGAGGGUUCUAUAAACGAAAACAUUGGAGAGAUGACAAAAGGCCCAAGCAACGUGUGGAAAACAUUAAAGAAAUGAACAUACAACAGAACAGACCAAACAGCUAAUCAACAGAAAGAUUCGGACAACUCAUCUCCCCUUCCUUCCUUCCUUUGAGACCAAAAAAGCCUUCAUGGUAUGCACGUCCUCUUCAUGUGGACGACCUGUAUCAGGGAACCCCCUCUACACGUAUAAUAAGCAAUGCAAGAACAUGUAAUGUGUACAAAGAUCAAGUUUCAGACACCAAAAAAACUCAUAAGGAGGAAUGGCAAGAUCGGUCAAGAAAUCGGCCAAGUUGAGCUUCAGACGGGUGAGGGUUCAGUCACCAUCGAUCAGGUUCAAACCCGACUCGAGCUCCAUAGAGAGGGAUCAGAGAAUCGAGUUUCUAAGCGGAGGAGGAGGCGGAGAAGGCGAUAACCUACAUGAAGAAUACGAAGAAGAGGAAGAAGGAAACAGCUUUACGAGCGGAGGAGAGAGCGGAAGCGAAGAGGCGGAGGCAAGUGCCGGGAAUAGAGUAAUGGUGGUGGUGGAUAGAGGGCUUGCCCCCAUGGGAGCUCUUGAAUGGGCUCUUACUCACACUCUCCAGUCGCAAGACACUCUUUUCCUCUUGUAUUUCUCAAGACCCUCAAGGAAAGGCAAGAAGAAGCACAGAAAGAGAGAUAUGAAGGUCGAUAAACUUGUCCAUUCCCUGAAAAACUUGUGCCAGACAAAGCGACCGGGGAUAGAAGUGGAGAUAAGAAGAAUGGAGGGGAAGGAGAAACAGAAAGGACCAAAGAUAGUGGAAGAAGCGAAUAAGGAGAAAGUGAGUCUACUGGUGGUAGGGCAAGAGAAGAAGCCGUCGGUGUGGAGGCUGUUCAAGAGAUGGGCAUGGAGGAGACGCCAUGGAGGUCUGGUAGAGUACUGUCUUCAGAAUGCAAACUGCAUGACCAUAGCCGUCAAACGCAAAAGCCGUAAGCUUGGUGGCUACUUGAUCACCACUAAACGUCACAACAACUUCUGGCUUCUUGCCUGACGCUGCUGCAGAAGAUAUUAGCCUCGGAGAAAAAAACAAACAAAACGUUUCGUUUUUUUGUAUGUUACAUCGUGUUGGAAGAGAUCUUUUUUUGAAGAAGAAACUAUGAAACGAGCUACUGGAAUUAUCAUGUUGUAUCAUCAAGAAACACUGGAGAAACCAUCAUGUAUUCUCUUGCAGAGUUCAUAUUUGAGAAACAGUAUAAUCAUAUGCAUAUUGAAGUUACCAGUAACCGUAAGAGCUCAUCUUUUCAAGAUGGAUAUGACAUAAUUGAAUUUAUUCAUUCCAUUGCCAAAUUAACAAUGUAUUGCUAAAGAAGAAUGUACAAUUCCCAAAUCCACCAACGGUAAAGGAAACAAAUACAGUACUAUCAACAAUUUUUGCCUGGUUGUUCUGCUGCUUUGACGCAAGCCAUACUUUUCCCCCUGCUAGUUCAUCACAGCUUGCGGAG